AUGCAACCCUUGUCACCUUGAGGUAAAAUCAAACAAAACAAAACAAUUUGAGAACUUAUCAGAAUUUGUGGAAAUCAGACAGGAUUGUUUAAUCAAUUUAAUUUUUACUUUUGCUGUGCUGUAACGCUAUGGAGGAGUUUCGCAAAUCAGAUAUACCAUUUGAGGCUCUCAGCGGCCGUGAGCCGAUAAAGCAAGUAAAGGUGCCGCAGGACAUAGCUAAAUGGCAACGUUCGGAAGCUUACUAUGAUCUUUUGGGCUUCAUUAACGCCGUCAGCUACGCCAUUCAAGGCAAGCGUAUUAAUGAUCCGGAUAUUUACGUUUCGCCGACGAUGGAAAAAGUUGUGGCUGUUUUCGAUAAACUCAAUAAAUUAGUUGAUGAAUCACCUCCAGUUGAUCAACCGGCUCGAUUUGGCAACAAAGGAUUUCGCGUGUGGGCUCGUAAAAUGAACCGCGAUAUCUUUUUGUACUUGAAAGAAGCGCUGCCACAGGAAAAGUGUGAUCUGUUCACCGAACUAGGAUCCUAUUUCAGCGAAUCAUUUGGAAAUUCUGUGCGCAUUGAUUAUGGAACUGGUCAUGAACUUUCGUUCGUAUUCUUUCUUUGUUCGCUUUUUAAAGCCGAAAUAUUCACCGAAGCAGACAGUAUUGCGUGCGCGUUGCGUCUGUUCAAUAGUUAUUUAAUUUUUGUACGGCGGCUGCAAAAGGAGUACCAUUUAGAACCAGCCGGUAGUCAAGGUGUUUGGUCGCUGGAUGAUUUUCAAUUUGUGCCAUUCAUCUGGGGCAGUGCUCAGUUAGCCUUCAAUAGCCCCUUUGAACCUGCGCGAUUUUUGGAUGAAGAUAUAAUCAACGAGUACAAAGACGAAUACCUGUUUAUUGGCUGUAUCGAUUACAUCAAUCAAGUGAAAACUGGUCAUUUUGCAGAGCAUUCUAACCAGUUGUGGAGUAUUUCUGCAGUGCCCACUUGGGCGAAAAUCAGCAGUGGAUUGGUUAAAAUGUAUCAAAAAGAGAUACUGUCUAAAUAUCCCAUUAUGCAGCAUGCGCUCUUUGGCAAAUUGGUACGCUUCGACCCUGUUAAGCCCGGCACCACUUUACCUGUUGCGCGCUUAGGUUUCAUACAUCCUGCAUCUACGAAAUCAGUGACUUCAACAAGCAAAAUUGAAACGCAAACGUUUGGCCCAGAACAAGAUAAACACUCCGAUGCAGAAGAAAGUUCGUCAAAAUCUUCAAUUGCAUCAGAAGUUACACAAAGGAGCAAAGAUGCUGAUAACUGAAAAACCUGAUUGAACCAAUGCGGGUAUUUCGCUUCGUUUAUUUAGCAAGAUAUUUAUUUUAUGUAAUAUACAAUGUAACUAACGACUAUGGCAAAUAGUAUUUUACAUUUAUAGAUGCGUA